AUGAUCGAAAAGUUAGUUCCAUUAGCUUGCCUGCUUGGCUUUUCAACAUUCUCAUUCCUAGUGUUUAACAAAGUGUACGAAACGACACAACUCGUUAUCGAUGAGGAGUUUCAUUUGCGGCAAGGCAACCAUUACUGCCACGGCCGGUUUCAAGUAUGGGAUCCAAAGAUCACAACUUUUCCUGGCUUAUAUAUGGUGUCCGCGCUAGUUUUGCGACCCCUCGAGGCCUGUUCGGUGUACAACCUGAGACUAACAUCCUUUAUCGCGUCAAUUGUAAAUGUAGUGCUGAUUUACAAGCUGCGACAAUGCUUUCUAAACCAGAAAGGCUACACCACACUGUUACUGGAAACAGGUUCCCUUUCGUUACUUCCGCCUCUAUAUUUCUUUUCGCAUCUCUACUACACGGAUGUGCUUUCUGUGACGGCCGUGCUGCUGUUGCUACUGGCCAGUGAAAAACGCCGCCACAAUUGGGCCGCUUUCUGGGGCUUCUGUGCGGUGCUGAUGCGUCAAACUAACAUCGUAUGGGUUGGAUUCGCUUGCGGCUCGCGGGCCAUCGAUUUGUUGGUAGCUCGUGGAAGCUUGAAACAAACAUUCCUUUCUCCCAAACGUAUGCUCGAUCUUGUUGGCGAUAUAAUCGAUCGUUUCUGGGCGUACGCUGUAGUAAUGGGUGGCUUUAUCGCGUUUCUCAUAUGGAAUGGUUCAAUAGUGAUAGGCGAUAAAUCGGCUCACGAGGCUGCCAUACACUUGCCACAGUUGUUUUAUUUUGCCUUGUUCUUUGCGACGUUCAGCGCUUCUUUGGUAUUGCCGGCAAGUAAAACAAUCCUGCGAGCAGCAUUGCGCAAAUGGUAUAUUCUUGCGGUGGUAUGCGUCAUGUUCGCUGCAAUCGUGCACUACAAUACGAUCGUGCAUCCGUACUUAUUGGCCGACAAUAGGCAUUACACGUUCUAUCUAUGGAAUCGCUUUUUCGGACGCUGGUGGUACGCACGGUACUUGCCAGUGCCGUUGUACACAAUCGGUGGAUUCCUGUUAUGGAAGGCAAGCAUGCAGCACCAAUCGUACGGAUACAAACUGCUCUGUUCAUUGGCCAUACUAGCAUCAAUAGCGCUACAGCAACUGAUAGAGGUGAGGUACUUUCUUUUACCAUUUCUUGUGUUGCGGUUGCUGCGAAAAGGAGGAACUUCUAGAGGCGCUCUAAUGAUUGAAUUGGUCACAAACAUUGCUAUCAAUAUUGUAACGUUUGCUCUGUUCUUUCGAAAGGAAAUUUCGUGGGAAAACUACUCUCUUCCACAGCGUCUAAUGUGGUAA